UGAGUGGCGUCCCCAUCAUAUUAAUCCACCAUGGCUAGAAUUCUCCCCAUUUUCCCUUCCAAGUUCAUCAUUUUCUCCCUUCUUUCUUUCUUGGCCAUAAUUCUCGUCACCGGAGAAAACCAUGGUUUUGUUAGAAACCUAGACCGGAGGCUCAUCGGGCAGAUCAAGAAGAAAGAAAAGCUGAGUCAUAUUCAUUUCUAUUGGCAUGACACUAUUACCGGCCGUAACCCUUCUGUCGCUCAAAUCGUGCCGCCGGUGUCCAACGCAUCGGCAACAGCCUUCGGAGCAAUAAACAUCAUCGACGACCCAUUGACCUUAGGGCCUAAGCUGAGCUCCAAGUUGAUCGGAAGGGCUCAAGGGUUUUACGCAUUGACGUCACAAGAAGAAGUUGGCCUAUUAAUGGCUAUGAACUUUGCGUUCAUCGAAGGCAAAUAUAACGGUAGCGUGAUUACGGUGCUAGGGAGGAAUCCCGUUUUCUCGAAGGUGAGAGAGAUGCCGGUGAUCGGAGGUAGUGGGCUUUUCCGGUUUGCUAGGGGUUAUGUUCAGCUUAGCACGAACAAGUUUAAUUCCAGCACCGGGGAUGCCAUAGUUGAAUAUAAUGUGUAUGUGUUGCAUUACUGAUAUGCUCCGAUCAUCAUGACCUUUGAAUAUCACUUGCUUUCAAUAAUGUUGGCCACCUUUGAUCCUCCGGCCGGCCAAAAACCACAUGAUUAUAUCAUUUUUGCCACCGCUCUAUCGAUCCUUCUACGGUCAAUUGUGUUAUCUAACAUCAAAAUAUAUUUGCAAGCUUUGCUUCUAA